CUCAGGGUUUGCAGUGUCAUAGGAAAGUUAAGGAAGUGAAUCUACAUGUUAAAGUCUUUGUUAUCUUGACAGUCAAGCAUGAAUAAUGAAACCACGUUUGUUCGUUUUUUCUUAUUAGACUGGUUAACUAUCAGUGACCCCACCAAGGCCAUAUCUCAGUGUGCUGACAGUUUUCUGCGUAUUCAUCAAACUGAGAGCCCCUUACUUCUCAGCAUGGACAUCAGAAAAAGCCCUGCUGAACAGGACAUGGCACUAAUCUCCUUCUACAAGCGAAAUCAUGUGGAAUGGGGACGGCCUCUGAAUUGCAAACUUGAAGGAGAUACUGCUAUUGGACAGGGUGUAACUCGCUUCUUUUUCUCAACAUGCAUGGAAAAAUUGAAGUCAGGGUUUUCCAUCAAUUUUGCAAACUCAAAUGUUACGCGGCUUUUGGAAGGAGAGACUGGCCAUUUGGUUCCCUCAGCCUCUCACUUUCUUGUUGAAAGUGAUAUGUUCAUGGUGGCGGGGAGAAUGGUAGGCCACUCCUUUCUACAUGGCGGACCAUGCCUGUUGGGAAUCAGCCCUGCAGUGAUUCAUGUCCUACUUGGUGGAAGUCCUGAAACUGCAACUGUUACACUUGAAGACUGUCCAGACCUGGAUAUCAGAGAAACAAUCGGACUUGCUUGAAGGGGAAUCCAUACUGUCAGAUAAGGAUAAACAGCGGGUCCAGGACUUGGCCCAUGCCUGGGACCUCCCUUGGCUAACUGAGCAAAACAGGAGAUGGCUUUUUGAAAAGCUUUUGAUUCAUGCUGUAAUAGGACGUGUCACAAGGCAAAUUAAGCAGCUGAGACGAGGUCUUAAAGAAACCCCAAUGUGGACACUGUUGACCCAAAGACCAGACACAGUGGCUUUGCUUUUUCCUGAAGAGGGAGCAGGAAAUUUCAGCCCUGAGGUGCUUCUUCAUCGACUCACAUGGCCUUGUGAGGAUAGUGACGAUGAUGACGAUUGUUCAGUUGACACCAAAUGCCGCAUAUCGGGCUAUCUUCGACAGUUCAUUGCUAAUGCAACACCAACUGAACUGACCAACCUGGUAAAAUUCUGGACCGGAUGGGAGAUCCUACCACCAAGUCUCUCUGUAGAAGUGGUCGAGGGCAGAUACCCCACAGCCUCCACUUGCUUUGAGACCCUGCGCAUCCCAGGGCAUUACAAGGAUUACACAUCUUUUAAAUGUGACAUCCUGGCCUGUAUUUACAGUUGCCAUACAGGAUUUGGUCUUGUGUGAGACAUUUGGCCUGUAGCCUUGUAAGACAAGAUUGGAUGUUAAAAUGCUUGUUAGUUCUGUUAAAAGAACUGUUGGAUGUUAAAAUGCUUGUUAGUUCUGUUAAAAGAACUGUUGGAUGUUAAAAUGCUUGUUAGUUCUGUUAAAAGAACUGUUGGAUGUUAAAAUGCUUGUUAGUUCUGUUAAAAGAACUGUUGGAUGUUAAAAUGCUUGUUAGUUCUGUUAAAAGAACUGUUGGAUGUUAAAAUGCUUGUUAGUUCUGUUAAAAGAACUGUUGGAUGUUAAAAUGCUUGUUAGUUCUGUUAAAAGACCUGUUGUAAAAAACUCAGCACUCUAAAAGAAAACGUUGUGCAAGUUAAUGUAUUAAAUAUUUUCUCACUGUUACGGUACUUUGCAGUAACCUUUGCCAAUAAAUGGUCAAUUCAUAAGGUAAA